UUGCCAAUUUCCAAGAUGGCGGCGGAGGGAGGAGGGAAGGAGAUGAACGAAAUUAAAACUCAAUUCACCACCCGAGAAGGCGUCUACAAACUCCUCACCCACUCCGAAUACAGCCGCCCGAACAGGGUGCCUUUCAACUCGCAGGGCUCCAACCCGGUCAAGGUCUCCUUCGUGAACGUGAACGACCAGUCCGGCAACGGGGACAGGAUCUGUUUCAAUGUGGGCCGGGAACUGUACUUUUAUAUCUACAAAGGCGUGAGAAAGGCUGCUGAUCUUAGUAAGCCCAUCGACAAGAGGAUAUACAAGGGAACGCAGCCCACAUGUCACGACUUCAACCCCCUCACAGCGACGGCCGAAAGCGUCUCCCUGCUGGUUGGCUUCUCAGCAGGCCAGGUGCAGCUCAUAGAUCCGAUCAAAAAGGAAACCAGCAAACUCUUCAAUGAGGAGAGACUUAUUGACAAGUCGAGAGUAACAUGUGUCCGAUGGGUUCCUGGUUCAGAGAGCCUGUUUCUGGUGGCUCACUCCAGCGGCAGCAUGUACCUGUACAAUGUGGAAAACACCUGUGGCACCACAGCGCCUCACUACCAGCUCCUCAAACAAGGAGAAAACUACGCCGUGCACACCUGCAAGAGCAAGUCGGCUCGCAACCCAUUGCUGCGAUGGACAGUGGGAGAGGGGGCGCUGAAUGAGUUUGCCUUUUCCCCAGACGGCAAGUUUUUGGCUUGUGCGAGCCAGGAUGGCUUUUUGCGAGUGUUCGGCUUCGAUGCCGCCGAGCUCCACGGAACCAUGAAAAGCUACUUUGGUGGCUUACUGUGCGUGUGCUGGAGCCCAGAUGGACGGUAUAUUGUAGCUGGAGGGGAGGACGACCUGGUGACGGUGUGGUCGUUCCUGGACUGCAGAGUCAUUGCGCGCGGGCAUGGUCACAAGUCGUGGGUGAGUGUUGUGGCGUUUGACCACUGCACCACCAGCGUCGAGGAUGGCGACCUCCCCGCCGAGUUCAGCGGCAGUGACGAGGACUUCCAUGAGCAGAUUCACUUUGCGGCGGGCAGAGAGAGAGCUAAUAGCUCUCACUCUCGGCUGUCUAAGAGAAACUCAACAGACACUAGACCCGUUAGUGUGACGUACAGAUUUGGCUCAGUGGGGCAAGACACCCAGCUGUGUCUGUGGGAUCUCACAGAGGAUAUUCUUUUCCCCCACCUCCCUUUGUCUCGCACCAGGACUCACACUAACGUCAUGAGCGCCACAAGCCCGACAGCCACUGGACAAACUACGACGACCGUGCCCAUCACCGCCACCAAUUCCAGUGGGAACAAUUGUAAAGACAAUGCAAGCAAUAGCAGUUCCAGUGGCAACCAAGCUAACUCCCUCCCCGGUACCCUGCCUCGGUCUAAUAGCUUGCCUCACUCCUCUAACCCAGCGGGGGGCAGCACCCCAAACAGCCACACGGGCAGCAACAGCAGCGGCAGCACCAAGGGCAACAGCAUCAUAGACAGCACUUUCAUCGCCACCAGUGUCAGCAAGUUUGCAACGCUGUCCUUGCACGACUCGCGGAAGGAUCGGCACGAGAAGGACCACAAGCGAAACCACAGCAUGGGCCACAUCAGCAGCAAGAGCAGCGACAAGCUCAACCAGCUCAGCUCCUCGCGGACAGCAAAGGCCGAGGUAGCUAAGACUCUGGGCACGACGCUGUGCCCACGCAUGGAGGAAGUGCCACUCCUAGAACCACUGGUGUGCAAAAAGAUUGCUCAUGAAAGACUGACUGUGUUGAUCUUCCUCGAGGACUGUCUGGUAACGGCUUGUCAGGAGGGUUUUGUUUGCACAUGGGCAAGGCCUGGGAAAAUGGGACUUCUCUCAUCUCAAAACAACCCAGCCAACUCCCCCAGUGGAACAGUAGUAUAGCCCUGACGCUGGCGCUGCCAACGACAGCUCCGUGCAACAGGCGGGGAUGACCGAGGCCCCUGCAGUACUCCUUCACAUACAGAAACACGACACACGAAGUCUGGCGUCAUUGUCUUUCUCAACACUACAGCCGUCUUCGUGACUGCUCAUGCUUAAACAAAAUAAAACAAAUUAACUGAUCAUGUCCAAGCCAGGGUUAAUGACUUAGACCUCUCUGUGUCGGGGGUUGUGGGACGGGGCGUGGAGUUAAAAGGAGGCUGUUGGAAGUUAAAGACUGAGCUUUAAAUCAUUGUCCUGUUUUUGCUCAUAUCAAAUCAUGUCUAGUCUGAAAAAAAUGAACCUCUACACCCAAUCUCUUGUGCCUGUACAUCUUCAAAGACUAGACUUGAUGUAGUGAUGAUGCCUCAACCUAACCUGUGUGGGUUCAGUGAAAUACCUUGUAAGUUUAGUGUGUACAAAGAUAAAGGGAAUAAGAUGAGGGAUUGUUUGGGAGCAGCGUCAUAUCCCCCGAACCAAGUCCACCUAGUUUUUUUUGUUUGUUUUUGCCUGGGUAGUUCCCCUUGUGCAGUCACAGUCCUCAAACACUGGUUCAAGAGAGGCAAAACUUCCUACUUCCAAUACAAUUAUUCAAAUUUGAGGUAUCACACUUUAAGAGUGAAUUUUGCACAAGUUUUCAUUCAUCCUUGUUCUCUUUACCGUUACCCCAUUUUGAACUCACAACAGCAGAACACAAACUAACAUUUUGACGCCAGGUUUGGAAGCAUGUUGGGAAAAAGUCACGUUAUUGCUCUGUCUCGAAGCUGGAUGCUGCAAUCAUAGUUUUUUAUAUGGAGAAAAAAUUGUUUGCACUUGAUAGUUUGUUAGAGGAGAAUGGCUUUACAUACUGGAGUGGGUCAGAACUCCAUUUAAAUAUAAACCUUUCUAUCUAUUAAGCAUUUAUUUUAAUAUUGUUUGAGAUUAAAUGACUGUAUUAUAUGUAAAUAUUGAAAUUAUUACAGUAGUUCAAAGAUCCUCAUUUCAGAAAAUAGUGAUAUUUCUAAUACAGAAAAUCUAAUAUUAAAAUGAAUCUUGAAUAUGCAGGUGAACAUGUUUCUUUUCUGUUGUACAUAAAGAGAAUUCAGGUGUAUUUUUUAUUAAUGAAUCAUUUUUGGAAUAGUAAUUGUCUUUGAAAUCUUCUUGUCUAACAGCUAGUACUUAACGCUCGCUUGGCUGUCGCUGCAGGUUUCCUUUUACAGCGAAGACAGGUAGGCGCAGAUGCAGUGGUCUAAUUCAGCCAUCACUUUGAGCUCAGGUAAACCACAGGAAGACUGACGCCGGCAUACCCCCCCCCCUCCUCCCCUCACCUGUUGGCUCGUGUCCCAUCCAUCGACAUGCUUGUGAAUUCACUUAAACGAAACUGAUAACUGUGUUUUGCAGACAGGGCUGAAAUCUGUGAAUUCUGUUGUUGUGACCUCUGGUCCUGAUCUGAUGCCGAACUUGUGAACAAACUGACACUGUGUCAAUUUCCAAGUGACUAAAAUGUCAACACUUGAUGGCGGUGAAGGUGUUUAUGAAGCACCUGGUUAGGAUUGAGAAUUUUAACAGUGGGAGCCUUUUCAUUCAUGUGAUGCCUAUUAAAACACCUUUG